UGGACACGUGUUCCAAUGAACUGUCGUCAACACUACGUGGGUUGACCCGUCAUAUCGCCUGGGAGGUAACAGAUUGUCGGGAACCAGUCACUCCACAAUGGCCGCCUUAAUCAAUACUUUCCUUUUGUUCGUGGUUUUUACCAUCCUUCCCGCAGCAGACUGUGCCUGUGCCUGCCCCGACGGCUGGGUCGUGUACAAGAACUCGUGCUACAACUUCAAUUCAACCUGGCAACCAUAUGACACCGCAAAGGCUAUCUGCAAGACCUUCAACGCCUACUUAGCCGAGAUAGAAGACAGUGAAGAGAACAACUUCAUCAAUAAUUUCAUUCUGAAUUUUCAAACCGGGUUCGAGGCGUGGUUCGGAGCGAAUGACAAACUCCAGGAGGGAAACUGGGUGUGGGGAGAUAGCGGGGUCAAGGUGACCUACGCCAACUGGGGAUCGGGACAGCCUGGGUCUGAGAGCGGGAACGAGGACUGUGGGGUACUGCAGAACUACGGGUCGAGGUUCAUGUGGUAUGACGCCAACUGCAUCGAUAACGCUGGUUACAUAUGUGAGAAAACUGCAUCAAGUGGCAGUCUGGUUGGAUAAGCCUCAUUGCACCUUUCAUUGUUCUGAAUGUAAUGCUGGAACUUGGUUCAUUGAAUAAAUACAACAUAUGGUA